AUGGCGGCGCUAAUUCGUAAGCAGCCUCGAGCUGCUGUGUAUGUAGCGGCUACACGGCAGCACGUGGGAAAGACAAGCACGUGUUUAGGACUUCUACAAGGACUGUCAUCCCGAAUGGAACGCAUUGGCUUCUUUAAACCCGUGGGUCAAGAGAGCGUGGUGGUCGAGGGCGGCUCAAGGCGCGUGGAUAAAGACGUGGCUGUGGCAAAAGAGGUGUUUAAGCUCAAGACUUGCAAUUACCGCGACAUGUCCCCCGUGGUGAUCAUGCCUGGCUACACGAAGCGCUUUUUGGAUGGCGAGAUCACGGUCGAGAGCCAAUUGGACAAAAUUCGAGCGAGUUUUAAGCGCAUUACGGAAGCAAAUGAGUUUACUGUUGUUGAAGGCACUGGUCAUACUGGCGUAGGCUCCAUUGUUGACUGCAACAAUGCUCGGAUAGCUGCUGAACUGGGAGUCGAUAUGGUGUUAGUGGCCAAUGGCGGUCUCGGCUCGGCAUUUGACGACCUUGCGCUUAAUUAUACAAUGUGCAAGGCACAUGGUGUGAAGAUCCGGGGCGUCAUUUUGAAUCGAGUGCUGGAUGAUCGCGUGGAAAUGCUGCAAGAGUACUUUCCGAAGGCCAUGAAGCACUGGGGAGGCAACGUGCCUCUGAUUGGCAUUGUCCCGAAUUCACCGGUUCUUUCGAAUCCGAGCAUGCUGGACUUUGAAGGGCUGUUUGCGACCGAGAUGCUGACUUCGCGCGUGCGACGCUUUCAGCAGUACGAUCGAACUGCGCUUGUGACAGCUGGGCUGCGGCGAUUCUUAGAGCAAGUAGCGUCGCCGGAGUUUGAGCGCGCGCUGUUUGUCACGCACGUAUCUCGGAACGACAUCAUCAUGGGUUUCUUGUCCCACGCACAGAAUUUUGAGCUCAUGGCGAAGCGACCGUACGGCGGUGGACUUAUUCUUACAGGCUCAUUGUCAGCAGACAGCCACCAAGACUACAUCAUGAAUAUCAUCAAGCACGCCCAGGCACCUGUGCUUCACGUACCUACGACAACUUUUGCAGCGAUGGAGAAGAUCACGCAUUUCACAGCAAAAUUCAAUCCGAUGGACGAACAAAAGGUGCGUUCUUGUGGCAAACACUAUGCUCGCCACAUCGACUUUGACGCGAUUCUCGAAAGGUAG